AUUUUGAACAACCGGGGUGAUGAAAGGGAUCAACUUGCAUGGCGUGAGUUCGUUCAUCCACGCGGUGACGCGGUCGCCCAAGUUGCUCGUGCCGCAUCUGUCCGUGAAGGAUUUGAACGAUAUUCCGUUUGCUCAGCUCCACGCGAUGGGGUUCAAGGGCAUCGUGUUCGACAAGGACAAUACCCUCACGGUGCCGCACGCUUACGAAAUCGUUCCGCAUAUUCAAGAUGCACUGCGCAACUCCCAGCGCAUCUUUGGUAUGGAUCGUGUCGUUGUCUUCUCCAAUUCGGCGGGGUCGAGCGACGAUUUGCCAAACUUUGACGGGGCUACUCGCGUCGAGAGCGAGCUCAAAGUCAACGUCCUACGCCAUGGAGUAAAGAAACCUCGCGGCAUCGACGAAAUGCAGCAAGCGCUGCAAGUACGGCCAGACGAGCUCAUUAUGAUCGGCGAUCGAUACUCCACCGACGUCCUCUUUGGCAAUUCCAAUGGCAUGCUCACGAUUCGCACGGAACAGCUUUCGGUCGCCCACGAGUCUUCGCUCAACGCACUAAUGCAAGCGAUUGAAAGCGCGAUUCUCCAGCGCCUGCGCAGUCGAGGCAUCGAAGCGCCAGUCCAUCCUCGCUUCGACCCCUCGGUCAUCUCGACGUCACAGUAGCUUUGCGCAGUUGGUGUCAAUGCACACGCGCGAUUUCGAUCAACCGAUUCGUUUGGUGGUAAGUUGACGUGAGGUCCGUCCUUUAGUGCAUGCAGGCUCGAUAGGUUGCUCGAUAAAUCUGCAACAUAUGCGUUCGAGCGGAGAAGGCACAUGCCAUCACGUCCGACCGAGUGAAUUCUUUGUUCAUCUGCAGCGCCCGCGCAUGCGCACGCCAGCACCGCCAUCUCCCAUCUUACCCUGGAUGCUCCUGGUCGACGAGCACGUUUCGCCGAGUCUCCACGCAUGGCCACGACGUCCAAGUGGAACCUGCUGACGACUGUACAUCAUCAGCGUUGCUUUCGUCGGGCGAUUUGGCCGCCAUGAGCUGAUCCACUUUGGCUCCAUAACGGACUGAUGACGAAUCGACAACGUGUUUUGUUAA